GACACGAAGUUGACGUUUGUCACAAUCGGCCAUUAUUUUAUUUUAAUGACAAAUCUAUGGAGAAAUCAUUGGACAGUUCAAGUCUGAAUAAUUAUGCAUUGUUUAGUUAUGGUUUAGUUAUUAAUAUCCAUAAAUAAUUUUGUACACUUUAUUGUUCUUUAAAUUUUCAUCAUAAUAUGCUGCUUUUAUAGCAGGUUAAAAUUUACUGUCAACUGUCAAAUCAGCAAGGUGCAAAAUACAGGUGAAUUUUUGUGUUUAGUGCCCCCAGCAGUAAUUGCAGCACUUUCAACAAUAUUUAAAGCCCAUAAACAAGAUCAUUAAACUAAAUUAAAGCCUGUCUUUAUACCUAAAUGUGUGUAUAUUGAUUAACAUACUUGUUAACUUGUUUAAAGCUGUGUGUCCAUAAAAACUAAUAUGAAUGCUUCAGAGCAUGGAUUUAACCCGGCUUUUAACAUGGCCACAAUCAAGCAGGUGGUUAAUGAGGCCAUCGAAAGGGUCCGGAUGCCUACACCGAUGCGACUUCGAGACUUAAUACGGCAAAUUAGGGCUGCAAGAACUGCCGCUGAAGAAAGAAGUGUUGUUAAUAAAGAAUGUGCAUAUAUAAGAAGUACAUUCCGUGAAGAGGAUUCUGUUUGGAGAUGUCGAAAUAUAGCCAAACUGUUAUACAUUCAUAUGCUAGGAUAUCCAGCACAUUUUGGGCAACUAGAAUGUCUUAAACUUAUAGCAAGUUCAAGAUUUACGGAUAAAAGAAUAGGAUAUUUAGGUGCUAUGCUAUUAUUAGAUGAAAGGCAAGAUGUACAUUUAUUAAUUACAAAUUGUUUGAAAAAUGAUCUUAAUUCUACAACUCAGUUUGUUGUUGGAUUAGCUUUGUGCACUUUAGGGGCCAUAGCCUCUCCAGAAAUGGCUAGAGAUUUAGCUGGCGAAGUAGAAAGAUUAAUGAAAUCACCUAAUGCCUAUAUUCGAAAGAAAGCAGCAUUGUGUGCCUAUAGAAUAAUUAAAAGAGUACCAGAAUUAAUGGAAAUAUUUUUACCUGCUACAAGAAGCAUGUUAUCUGAUAAAAAUCAUGGUGUCCUUAUUACUGGAAUAACUUUAAUAACAGAAAUGUGUGAAAAUAGUCCUGAUACGCUAAAUCAUUUUAAAAAGAUUGUUCCCAAUUUAGUGAGGAUAUUAAAAAAUCUAAUUCUGGCUGGAUAUUCUCCUGAACAUGAUGUAUCUGGAGUUAGUGAUCCGUUUUUGCAGGUUAAAAUAUUAAAACUUCUAAGAAUAUUGGGUAUUAAUGAUGCUGAUACCUCUGAAGCCAUGAAUGAUAUUUUAGCACAAGUAGCUACAAAUACUGAGACAAGCAAGAAUGUUGGAAACACCAUCCUGUAUGAAACGGUACUAUCUAUUAUGGAUAUUAAGUCUGAAGGUGGCCUCAGAGUUUUAGCAGUAAAUAUUUUGGGAAGGUUUUUGUUAAAUAACGACAAAAAUAUCAGAUAUGUUGCUUUAAAUACAUUACUGAGAACAGUUCAUGUAGAUACAUCAGCAGUUCAGAGGCAUCGAUCAACUAUUCUAGAGUGUUUGAAAGAUCCAGAUGUGUCAAUAAGAAGGAGGGCAAUGGAACUCUCUUUUGCAUUAGUAAAUACACAGAACAUCAGAACAAUGAUGAAAGAUCUACUAGCAUUUUUGGAAAAAUCUGAUCCGGAGUUUAAAGCUCCUUGUUCAAGCAGUAUUGUUUUAGCAGCUGAAAGGUUUGCUCCAAAUAAAAGAUGGCAUUUAGAUACUUUACUGAAGGUUCUCGUAGCUGCGGGAAACUAUGUUCGGGAUGACGUUAUAGCAUCAACAAUACAAUUAAUAUCAGAAAGUACAAGUCACCAAGGCUACAUUGCAUUACAAUUGUACAAAGCUUUAUCUGAAGAUUUACAAAACAGGCAACCUUUAACACAGGUCGCAGUUUGGGCUAUAGGUGAAUAUGGAGAUUUACUUCUGCAAGCCCCUCCAGAUGAAGAACACAGUAUUCAAUCUCCCACUGAAGAAGAUGUCAUUAACAUCUAUCAUAGACUUUUAUGGAGUCCACAAAAUACCCCCACAACUAAACAGUAUGCUUUGAUGUCUCUCACAAAGUUAAGCACCCGAUUUAGUUCUACAAAUCAAAUUCAACAAGUUAUCAGUUCCUUCUGUUCAAAUCUUCACAUAGAGUUGCAGCAAAGAGGAGUAGAGUUCUCACAAUUGUUUGGAAAAUAUAGUCAUUUGAGGCCAGCAUUACUGGAAAGGAUGCCACCUAUGGAAGUUGUCCGACAGCCAGAUGAUACUCUUCACACUAAUGGUGAUUUAGAUGGAUUAGAACCACAUUCUGAAGAAAGUAGCCCUCAACAUGUACCAAGUGAAUCAAAUGCUCUAUUGGACUUACUGGGGGGAUCUGACGAUCUGGAUAUUAUUAAACCGUCGUCUGUACCAUCUAAGCCAACUUCCGUCUUGAAUACAAAUAAUCAAGAUCUGCUAGAUCUUUUAGGUUUGGGUCCAUUGGGAGAUUCGACGCCUGUAGCCAACGAUACAACAAACAACAUGGAUUUAAUCCUAGAAAAUAAUAAUGCAAAUUUGUUACCAGUGAUGAGUAACCAAAACUCCAAUUUCCUUACUGAUGACUUGUUUAGUAGUGGAAAUACUGAAACUGAAAUCAAAAGUAUACCACCGUUAACAGCAUUCGAGGGAGAUGGAUUGCAAGUUGUUUUUUCAUUUGACAGUGCGAAGGAAAAUAAUACUGCUACAAUAAAUGUAACAGCGUCCAAUCACUCAUUAUCCACUAUGUCUGAUUUCCUGUUUCAAGCGGCUGUGCCUAAGACAUUCCAAAUUCAAAUGCUUUCGCCAUCUGAUACAGCAAUUCCUUCGAAUGGUGUAGUUACCCAAGUUUUAAAAGUAACUAAUCCAGGACAAAAUGUUCUUAGAAUGAGGAUUAGAAUUUCUUAUACUGUUGAUGGUAACCCUGUCCUGGAACAAACUGAAGUAAAUAAUUUUCCAAAUGAACUGUGGGAAUGACUGAUUUUAUAGAAGCAUGUAAACAUAACAAUUUGAAGAUGUAUAUAUAGCACCUAAAUUCUUAAAAAGUGACAUUUUUAAAAUCAUUUAAAUAAAAAAUCUGAACAAUGUAACAGUCAGACAGGUUAAUCUGUAUUAUAAUAUACAAGACUGUUUUUGAAACGCUGAGGUUUUUUUUGGUUAAACUAGAUAUUUAACUCUAUCAUCAUGUAUAUAACCUAAACUUAUCUGAUUGACUGUUACAUCUUCGUGAAUUAGACUUUUUUCAAAAUUUGACAUCAUAGAUGGUAACACUGGUAUUAAAAUAAUAUUUCCAGGUAUGAGAAAAAAAUUAUUUGAACAGCUUAUGUUGAGAUUAUUUGAUUAAGAGAUUUGAAAACUUUUUUUUCUAUUUAUUUCUUUUGGUAAAUUCAGUGUUUAUUUGCCUAAUUAUAAUACUGUAUGAUCAAAAAACGUGAUCUGGUUGGCUUACUGCCCAGUUCGACAGUAUAAUUUUACCUAUUUUUUGACAGCAAUUUCCAAUAAUUUCAAGCCAUCUCUGAUCUCUGACGCCGUUAUUUUUUUAUUACAUGUUAUUAUUGUUAUUAAAUAUAUCAAUUUUGGCUGCUUUGGCAGAUUUUAUUUCACCAUGAUGUGAAAAUUACAAGUGUUCUAAAUCUAAAAUAUAUACAGGGUGUACCGGAAAAUCACACUUUAACAAUAAAUAUUUCAAGUUGUUAAAAUCUAACUAGAAACUAGAGAAUACAUGACAGUGACAAAUGUCUAUCAUUUUAAUAGAAAUGUAGAUUGUAUUUUCAGUCAUUUUUUGCAUGUCUUCUCUCUAAAUUAUCCCUGCUUUUGCAGGAUUCACUUUACAUACAUAUACAAUAGGAUAUUUUUGGUACAGGUUGUAUAUGCUCUGUGUUGAUUGAAAUAUUAAAAUGAUGUAAAUAUUCUUAAUUGAGUACUUAAUAGUAUUAUCUGAUUUUCAUUAAUUAAAUAUCCUUUCAUCUAAUAUAUUUAUUCAUUAUUCAUUAAAUUGCAUUAUCUAAUACUUUUCUAGGUUAUAUUCUAAAUAUUUUUUUAAAAAUAGUUCUAUUAUCUAAAAUAUAUUAUAUUUAUAUUCUAUUGAGAAGUAUGUUUUUCCAUCGACAAGUAUUGUUAUUGGAAACAAUUAUUCAUGCAUUAUUUUAUAAUUUAAUGCUUGAUUUGUUAUAUACUGUUAUUUGCGUCCAUAAUAUAUAGUUAACAAAUAAAUAAUGUAAAUAA